UCUUCCAACCAAGCCUGAAAUAGGGGAACAAAUGAAGAUGGAAAUUAUGGCUGUCAACAUGUCGGUCACCUCCCCAGGCACGGCCACCCUCCCUCCCUCACCCAGUCUGGAGGACUCAGGUUUUCCUCUGGCCUCGCUGGAUAGUGAGGACUACGUGUUUGUGGAACCUCGUCAUCCCAACAAGGUACUGGAGGGGCUGAACAGUUUACGGCUGAACAAUGCCUUCUGUGACGUAACACUGUGCUGUGGAGGUCAGGAGUUCCCGUGUCAUCGUAUUGUGCUGGCCUCCUUCAGCUCCUACUUUCAGGCUAUGUUCUCUACUGACCUCAUGGAGUCUCGGCAGGAGCGGGUAGCCAUCAAUGGGGUGGAACCUCAGAUGAUUGGCAUGCUGGUGAAUUAUGCUUACACGGCAGAAGUGGUGAUCUCCAAGGCCAAUGUGCAAGCGCUGCUGGCGGCUGCCAACCUCUUGGAUGUUAUGGCAGUGAGGGAGGCCUGCUGUCGUUUCAUGGAGCGACAGAUGGACGAGAUGAACUGCGUGGGCAUCCACUGUUUCGCCGAGGCCCAUUCCUGUCACGAGCUGGAACGCCGUAGCAUGGAAUACAUUCAGCAACACUUCAGCAACGUCUGCAAACAGGAGGAGUUUCUCUCGCUGUGUGCGGACAAACUGACUGAGAUCAUAGCUAGCGACCAUCUGAACGUGCCCAAGGAGGAGACGGUGUUUGAGGCUGCCAUGCUCUGGCUGAACAAGAGCGCCUCCCGCAGGCAAAGCUUUGAAAAGGUGCUUGAGCACGUCCGGCUGCCCUUGAUAAGUCCGUACUACAUCCACGACGUGAUUGAGUCUCUGGAUGUGGUGAAGGAGUCUUUGAAGUGUCAGAAGCUCAUCUCUGAAGCCAAAGAUUAUCUGCUGCUACAGGAUCGCAGGGGAGAACUCUACGGUCCCAGGGCACGCCCGCGCAGGUCCACGGGGACAGCUGAGGUCAUCGUCACAGUUGGGGGUGAAGAUGACAAGGUUGUCCUGCGGAGUGUGGAGAGUUUUGAUCCCCUGACCAGCCAAUGGAAAAGCCUGGCCUGUCUUCCCUUUGCUGUGAGCAAACAUGGAUUAGUAGUGUCAGGUUCCAUGCUGUAUCUUGCAGGUGGGGAGUUUCCAGAUGGUUCUGCAAGCAGGGAGAUGUGGCGUUAUGACCCUUGUUUUGACUCCUGGCUAGAGAUGGCUCCUAUGAAUGUGGCUAGAUCAGAGUUAGGACUGGUCAUGCUCGAUGGUUACGUGUUUGCGGUGGGCGGUUGGGAAGGGCGGUCGCGACUGGACUCGGUCGAAUGCUACAACCCUCAGACCAAUACCUGGCAGUUUAUGGAGUCGGUCAAAAUGGCUGUGACCAGCCCUGCUGUGGUGGCCUUGGAUGGACUUCUCUAUGUCACAGGGGGAGCCGUUCUGGAGGAUGGAGACGGCACAGAUUUAGCCCAGGUUUACAACCCUAAGACGAAUGUGUGGACGGAGGUGGCACCCAUGCAGAUAGCUCGCUCGGGAUCUGCAGCAUGCACCUUGAAGGGCAAAAUUUACGUCAUAGGUGGGUGGCAUGCGUCCACAGAGAACACUGAUAAGGUGGAGUGCUAUGACCCUAAAAAGAACCAGUGGACCAUGUGUGCCCCCAUGAAGGAGAGACGCUAUCGGCCUGGCGUGGCAGUGGUGGAUGGCAAGAUUUAUGUAUUAGGUGGAGAAGAGGGCUGGGAUAGGUAUCACGAUACCAUUGAGCGAUACUGCGAGGAGACGGACAGCUGGGAGAUCGUGGGCGAGAUGCCCACCAGUCGCAGCUGGUUGAGCUGCGUGUCUCUGCCGCUUCGGAAAGACGUGCACGGCGCCAGCCGCCCUGGCACCGCCUCCGAAACCGAGUUCUCCGUGGACUGAGGGCCUCGCCGUGCCAAGCCGAAUGCCAGUUUGUGUGCCAGACACACUCAGCGGGCACCGUCUGUCAUAAUGUGCCAGGCAGAAGUAGCCCCUCUCUCUCUCUCUCUCUCUCUCUCGGUGCCCGUUGGAUGCUGUUUGCGUGGGCCUUUUAGUGGCGUACAGAAGAAAAGACCGAAACGCAGGCCGGUCUCAGAGAGAGACCGCUCGUCAUCUGUUUAAACACUCAAAUGGGUUCAUUCCAUAAUUGUGGUUUAAAGCUGGACGUGUGUUGGUGACAAUAAGCCCGCGUGUGCGCGUGCGUGUGUGUUUGUGUAUGUGAUCGUGGUAAGUGUGUAUCCGUGCACUAAGCCAAUCCCUCAUAGACUUGUCAUAGUGUGU